AUGUACAGGAAAUGGAAGAGAGGAGGCCAUCCAAUUCCAUAUAACAAUCCCUUACAAAUCAUAACUCUUUUUGCUGUUGGUUCUGAUCUGGUUUACACCAAUGGCAUUGGAUAUAGCCAAGACAUUUACAACGUGCAAGAUUUUGGUGCCACAGGGAAUGGCCAAAACGAUGACUCCCAAGCAUUCUUAAAGGCUUGGAACUCUGCGUGUGGAACGAACAAAGGCACACCAAUUAUUCGAGUCCCAAAGGGGCAGACAUAUUUGCUCAACCCUCUUACAUUCAACGGCCCUUGUAAGUCCGACAGCAUUCGAAUUCAGAUCGACGGGAACAUUGUGGCACCACAAACUCUUGCUGGAUGGAAAGCAGGGUGCCAAUAUGGAAGAUGGCUGCAUUUCGUACAAGUGAACAAUCUAGUCAUUAGUGGAACAGGAACAUUUGACGGUCGCGGCUCAAUGUGGUGGAGAAAGGCAACUUAUCCAGGCUGCAAAGCACCUACGGGUCUACGAUUCUACCGUUGUGACAAUCUUCAACUGAAGGGAUUCACUUCAGUAAACAGCCCAAACAAACACAUUGUCUUUCAGAGCUGCCGUAAUGUGUUUGUUGACCACCUUCAUAUACGCGCACCUAGCACCAGUCCAAACACUGAUGGCAUUGUCAUCUCUGGUUCUUCCCAAAUUGGCAUAUCUGAAUCUUUUAUCGGAACUGGUGACGACUGUAUUUCUAUUAAGAGUGGCUCGUCCUACAUCAACAUAACUCAUGUAACAUGUGGUCCAGGUCAUGGAAUUAGCAUUGGAAGUUUAGGAAUUGGUGGAGGCAAUCACACAGUGGAAGAAGUGCACGUUCGGAAUUGCAGCUUCAGAGGAACUACAAAUGGUGCCAGAAUCAAGACAUGGAAGGAUUAUUACUAG